AUGGCGUCCCAAGACUUUGUCAAGCCCUGGAAGCUUCCCCGCCAGAAGACGUACAUCUUCACCAACUCCAACCUGAUCGAUCCCGUGGAAGGCACGGUCUUGCCAAACAUGACAGUCAAGAUCUCGAGCGGGCUGAUCGAAUCAGUCUCGUCCGAGUCGCCUUCUUCGAGCGCCGACUUCACCGUCGACCUCGGCGGCAAAUACAUCUGCCCGGGUCUGAUCGACGCCCACGUUCACGUUGUCGCCACGCCAGGCGAGAAAGAUCUGGCAAAGUGCGUCGCAAUGGACUCGGCCGUCUCCAUGACGCGGCAGCCCUUCGUCGUCAAGCAGAUGCUCUCUCGCGGCUUCACGACGGCGCGCGACUGCGGCGGAGCGGGCCUGGCGCUCAAAGAAGCCAUCCGCGACGGCGUCUUUCCCGGACCGCGCCUGUUCAUCGCCAACCACGCCCUCUCGCAGACGGGCGGCCAUGCCGACUUUCGCGGCGCCCACGACCACACGCAGUGCUGCGGCGGGCUCGUCAACGGGCUGGGCGUGCUCUGCGACGGCGUGCCCGAGUGCAUCAAGGCGGCGCGCGAGCAGCUGCGGACCGGGGCCGACUUCAUCAAGAUCAUGGGCGGCGGCGGCGUGGCGUCGCCCACCGACGCCCUCGAGAACACGCAGUUCACGGCCGACGAGGUGCGCGCCAUCGCAGAGGUCGCGCGCAGCUACAACACGUGGGUGACGGCGCAUGCCUACACGCCGCAGGCCAUCCGCCACGCCGUCGCCAACGGCGUCACGGGCAUCGAGCACGGCAACUUCAUCGACGAGGCCACGGCCGAGUACAUGGCCGACAAGGGAGUGUAUCUGACUCCGACGCUGAUCGCUUACGACGCCAUGGCCCGCCGCGAAGGCUUCCUGCCCCCGGAAAGCCAUGUGAAAAACGAGGAGGUGUUGGCUCAGGGCUUGCGGGCGCUUGAGAUUGCGUCCAAGGCGGGCGUCACCAUGUGCUACGGCUCGGACUUGUUGGGCCCGCUGGGGAUUGAGCAGGCAAAGGAGUUUGGGUUGAGGGCGAAGGCGCUAAGCGCUAAGCAGGUGCUGCAGAGCGCGACGAUCAAUCCGGCAAAGAUGCUGAGGCAGGACGGCUUUCUGGGCCAGCUGAAGGAGGGAUUCGCGGCCGACAUGUUGAUUCUCAAUGCGAAUCCGCUGGACGAUAUUGAGGUGUUCGAUAGGCCGGAGAGGCACCUUCUGGCAGUCAUCAAGGACGGGCGAGUGUAUUCAAGCCGGUGGUCGAAGCUGGCCGAAGAUGUAACGGCCCCCGAAGCCUUGAUCGAGUAA